CUCUAACGUGUCGUCACUUCCGCUAAGGGCGGAAGUGAUGACAAGUUAUUGAUGAGAUAAAACUGACCUUAUAUCCACAUAUAACUGACUUUAUACCGUGUAACAGCUUAUAAAAGGAACAUCACAAAAAGGAAAGCCCAUAAACAUAGUUUACAUUAGUCUGCGCUCACAUAGACGCUGUUCGUGCUUGGCUUUGUCCUGACUCGCUCGUUAGCUUAGCUUGUUAGCUGCUAACAAAGUCACGGAAUUUGUUUAACAUUCGGGGGAAUUGAACUCACGCCAUUGGGGUGAGAGGCAGAUAUGUAAGCCGUUCAGCCACACUUAGUUGUGAUUGUGUGAAAAUGUGCGAAAGCACCAUCGCAGAAUACGAGGAGGAAUUUUGUCCAACAAAAGAGGAGAAGGAGCGACAACAUCAACUACUGGACGCUUAUUGUAAGAAACAUCAAGUUGUGUUACACAGAACAGACAUCCAGCAGCCUCCACACAUUAAAGAGGAAGUGUGGAUCACUCAGGAGGGAGAGUGUCAUCUCGGGCAGGAGGAGGAUGAUCUCAGCAAGUUUCUUUUCUCUGUGAAGACUGAAGAGCAUGAAGACAAACCACCUGAGUCCGCACAGCUUCAUCACAGUCCAAAUGUCAAGCAGCUGCUUGGUCGCCAAGAAAACCCUUCCCCUCAGUCACUGGAGGGGAGCUCCACUUUGAAGCAGGAUGAUUCACAGCCCCCCCACAUUAAAGAGGAAGAGGAGGAAUGUUGGAUCACUCGGGAGGGAGAGUGUCUUCUAGGGCGGGAGCAGGAUGAUCUCACCAAGUUUCCACUGACUGUUGUCUCCGCGACGACUGAAGACCAUGAGGACCAUCAGACAAAGUCCUCACAGCAUCAACACAGUCCAAGUGAGGAGAAGAGAGCUGUGGAACGUCCAAGCAGCAGCUCAACACAACACAUGACAACAGAAGCUGAUGGAGACCACUGUGGAGGAUCACAAGCAGACAAGCUCUUAGCUCCACUAUCAGAUAAUGACGAUACAACGUCACACGUUAAUGUAAAUACGAACUCACACAUACAAACACACACAGGAGUAAAACCCUCAGGUUGUUCAGUUUGUGAUAAAAGAUUUUCCGACAGAAGUAAAAUGCAAACACACUUGGGAACGCACACAGGAAAAAAAACGUUUAGUUGUUCAGUUUGCGGCAAACACUUUCCCAACAAAAGUAAAAUGCAAAGACAUAUGAGAACGCACACAGGAGAAAGACCUUUCAGUUGUUCAGUUUGCGCAAAAGACUUUGUUCGAAACUGUCAUUUGACUGAACACAUGCGGACGCACACAGGAGAAAAACCCUUCAUUUGCUCCAACUGCGGCAAAAGGUUUUCUCAAAGCAGAAGGCUGCUGACACACAUGAGAACACACACAGGAGAAAAACCUUUCAUUUGCUCAAACUGUGGGAAAAGGUUUUCCAAAAACUCAAAUUUGACUCAACACAUGAAAACGCACUCAGGAGAAAAACCUUUCAAUUGUUCAGUUUGCGGGAAAAGAUUCUCCAACAAAAGAUAUGUGCAAUCGCACAUGCAAAUGCACACAGGAGAAAAACCUUUUUGCUGUUCAGUGUGUGGUAAAACAUUCUCUGACAAACGUAAUUUGCAUAAACACUUGAGAACACACACGGGAGAAAAACCCUUCAGUUGUGUAGUGUGUGGCAAAAGAUUCUCUGACAAAAGCAAUAUGCAAGCACACAUCAGAAUACACACAAAAACUAAAACUUUUGGAAGUCCUCUCUGAAUGGAAUUCUGAUGAUGUUUGUGAUGAAGGUGGUUGAUUGAUCUGUUAACGACUGCUUUUUGUGACCAACUUUUACUUUUGGUUCCUGAAAGUGGAUUCUUGAAGCUUUUUUGACAACCUGGCUGUACAAAGACGCCUGGAUUUAGACUGUUUUGUGUAUUAGAAACACUGACUCAUUGGUAAAUAUGUAGACGGAUAGAUAGAUAUAUAGAUUGUACUUUAUUGAUUCCUUCAGAACAGUUCCCUCAGGAAAAUUAAAAUUCCAGCAGCAGUGUACAGAAUGGAGAUAUAAUUUCAAAAGUAAAUAAUACAUAAAGGGGGUAUAUGUUAUUGUUUUGCAUCGCCUGUCAUCCUAGUACCUGCCCUCCCCCCAGAGAGGAGUUGUAGAGUCUAAUGGCGUGUGGGACAAAGGAGUUUUUUAGUCUAUUAGCCCUGCACUUGGGAUGAAGCAGUCUUGCACUGAACAGGCUCCUCCGGCUACUGAUAACGCUAUACAGAGGGUGACUGGCAAAAUCCAUGAUGCUCACUAGUUUUUCCGGGAUCACGCGGCAGUAAAGAUAAUGUGGCGUAAAACUGAAUGUAUAAUAAAGUGGUCAAACAAAGUUAUAAACAGCAA